UUACAAUUCUAGAAACGUCGAAUCUUCAUUUUCCUCCGACUCGGAGUAAAUCCGCAAUAGAAAGGAAAGCAGCAAGGCAGGGACUAAAUUUGGACAGCACUGCUUAUUUGGUGCAAUUCGAUUGCUCUACGCGAAACGGCAAGCAAACUUUUGCCAGCGUGCACUGAGUUGUCUGUGUGAUUAAAGAAGUUUAACUAUUGCAAAGCGAACGCAAACACUACCAAACCAGAAAGAUGUCGGAAAGCGACUGGGACACGGUGACCAUAUUGCGUAAAAAGGCUCCGAAAGCGGCCACACUAAAGACUGAAUCUGCCAUCAAUAAGGCACGUCGUCAGGGAAUUCCGGUUGAAACGACACAGAAAUUCAACGCUGGAACGAACAAACAGCAUGUCGCGGCUAAAAAUACGGCCAAACUGGAUCGCGAAACGGACGAGCUGCGUCACAAAACGGUUGCACCGUCGGUGGCCAAGCUAAUCAUGCAGGGCCGACAGGCGAAGGGACUGAGCCAGAAGGAUCUCGCUACGCAAAUUUGUGAAAAGCCACAAAUCGUUAACGACUACGAGGCGGGCCGUGGCAUUCCAAACAAUUUGAUUCUCGGCAAAAUUGAGCGCGUCAUCGGCAUCAAGCUGAGGGGCAAAGACAUCGGCACACCGAUGCUGCCUCCCGGCAAGAAGUGAGAUCUCGGGAGGCAGUAAAAUCGCUCGUCUGCGCGCGUGGUUCAUCCCCGAUGCACGUGAUGUGUACAGCAUGAAUACGGCGGAGGGAAGUUCACAUUUAUUAAUUGUAAUGUUUAAGAAUUGUGUGUGGAGCGAAGCGCCGAUAUUGCAGGGAAUGGCGAACACAGCCGUCAACCGACGACUGUUCGAUAACGCACGGUGUAAAGAGAGGAAAUGUAAGAGAGCGAGCUGCAAGUCGAUCCAAAAUGCGUUGCAUGCCGAUGGCGCACCAUUCAAACUUAAUACUUGAUGAUACCACGGCAAAUAUCGUUCCGGCCGCCGUCGACGACCGAGGUGGUAAAAGCGUAAAAGAGAAUGCAUCCCGCUUCCUUCUGAAGGCAGGGAAUAACUUAUAUUUAAAGCGGCAUCCUUGUAGACGUACCCAUAUGCACGAGAUGGCAAGCUAGACUUGCGCUUGGUGUGUGAUCGUACUUCUCUUGCCACAUUGCACUAAAAUACUGAAUGUUCAAACUUUUCCAAUUUAAAUGCAAGUAAAAUUUGAUUGGUACAAAUUUCAGCAGUUCAGUCGAAUGUGUAUGUUUGUGUUUUUUACUGUAAAAAAUGUCUACACGGCGUUUUGUUAAUGGAGUAAAUUACUCACACUUUAAAUGUAGAUUACGAAAGCAAUUUUAAUGCAACUGCUGCUACUGCUGGCAAAGUAAAGGCUUAUUAGCCACAAAGCGGAUCCAUUCUUGUCGUUUUAUUAGUUUGUUUGCUGUAUUAUCGUUCAUUUUGAAAUAUAACGUGCGCAUUACUCUCUUCUUCCUA